UGUUACAUGUUGGUAAUGUUCAGGCUUAUGUUCAGACUUCAAUUUGAAUUAGGAAACUUGGCAAGUACAUGUACAUUUGCUCUUGUGCAAGUCUAAGGAUUCUCAUAGAGACUUUCCCUGGACAUAAGUUAAAUGGAAGCUUUCAAACUGUUUGGACUGUUGCUAGCUAGAAUGUUCAAAUUACAGUUAUUUACCUGCUUUGAGCUAGCUGUCUUGCUCCAAUCCUCUUGUAAGGUGAUUCAAUCAGUCAGCCAUAACUGGUUCUCUUCCUCUUAUUUCCAACAGAGUUAAAGAAAUUUCAUGAUUUUCUUUAUUAGAGAUCUAGUAGCAUUUUACUUACUCUAUUCUUGAAAGUUUGCAUUUGCUUAUAAGCACUGUCAAUUCAAAAAAUUAGUUUUGAAGUAAUCUGCUUUCUUAAAUCUUCUUAAAUUGUUAUUUGACAGUUCCUCCCAAGAAAAAACUGGGCUUGAUUUUUAUAUGGAAAAUAGAUGUGUGCUUGGUUUCAACAAAACAAGAUGUACUAUGUGCUAAUUCAGCAGCAUUGAUAACUAAAGUGGCAUGUCCUGAAAGCAUGUUUUAAACCUGAAAUCUGUCAUAGUCAUUUUGUUUCUCUUUUAUGAAUUGUACUUUUCCUUACCAUAUGACAAUGACCAACUCAAACACUGUACACCAUUAGGUAUUCUUGUAAUUUAGUUUGAUAUUUUUUCCCCAAACAAAAGUUGUAUUGUGGCUACUUUUUGAUAUCUUCAUUGUACUUCUUUGUAAACAGUGUGCAGUAAAUUUUGACUUGACUCUGUCUUUGAUAGGUUUUCAAAAUAUAGGGUAGACUCUGUAAUGGUAAAAGUUAGAUUAAGUUGGCAAUUGAGCUGAGUUGCUCACCUUGCUGGAGCUUGUCCCUCCCCUUGGAUGGGAUUCUAAUCCAUUGUAGGUACACCAGCCCUCCUCCCCCUCAUUUUUUGAGGUUUUCCUGGUAUUUGACAAGAACAGAUUUAUUCUCUUGGGUGGAAAGAUGCAAUAUGAAAGAUAAGGUUUGGUUUUAUCAACUAAGUUGAUGAUAAAUGAAUGUAAAUAUAUAAAAAUCAUAUAUGUGAACUGCAGGUUAAGGAAAUGAAUUUGAAAGCAAUCUUCACUGUUGCAUAAGUUGCUGAUAUUAGUUGGCCACAGUUAAAAGUUUCUAAAGCUAACAUUUUGAGCAUUCUACUUCCUCUAUUUCUCUAUUCCACUAUUUUAAUCCUGGAUUUUAUGCUAAAUGCCUCAAUCAACCUGCCCCUGGAGAGUGGUUAGACUAUGGGAUUCCCCACUCAUCACUGAUGACAGCCACUGGGUUAAUUUUAUAACUACCCCUGCGUAAAGAGUUUUUUUCAGUUGGUUUAUUUCACUUGGUAUAUAUUCACUUGACAUAUUUUAACCUACAAUUUCUGGUAAGUUAAAACACAAAAAGAGAUAAUUACAGGGUAAACUGAGCAGAUGAGAUUUCCUGGGUAUGCGACAACUUGCAUGAUGUGAAUUCCAUUUCAGUAGCAUGCUCUUAUUUUGCAGUUGAAUUAUGAAAGCAUGAACACAUGAUAAUAAUCUCUGAUCAACUGUAACAUUCAUUACCAUUGCAUGAUUGAUUUAUGAACUGACUGUCUUUCUUAACAAUGCCUAGUCAAGGAAUAUUGAAGAAAACUUAAUUUCGAGGUUGGGAUGUGUGUAAACUAUAUUUAUUCAUAGCUGUAUGAUAACUGAGAAAAUGUUUCUUUUUUUCAGAAAUUCAUUUUCCAUAGAUUCAAUUAAUCAAUCAAUUCUGAAAUAGCAUGGAAGCAAAGUAUAGACAAUUGAUUGGCCUUCUGGGUAUCUUAUUUUCAAAAGUACAAAAAAAAAGGAAAGAAGGGGGGGUAAAGUCUAUAUAUGAGCUAAGUGAGCUAAGUGGCCCAUCCAGCUGGAGCUUAACCCAGUUUCCUUAGCAUGAAGCGACUAUAGUAGGAUUAUUGCCACUCUCCCCUCCUUGGAGAGAAUGCCAGUACAUCAAAAGGUCACCUUACCCCCCCUCCCCAGCAUUUUGUAAGGCUUCCCUGACAAUGCAUCAAUACUCAUGACACUCCCGGGCUGGAAGAGGAACUGUGAAAGUAAAGUAUUAUGCCUAAGAACACAACACAAUGAACCCAGCCAAGACUCGAACCUAGUCCUCUUGUCCCAGAGUCCAGGACACUAACCAAUACGCCACCACAUCUCCCCCUGUUCCCCCUUUUAGAAGUAAUAUUGGUUAUUUUUGCUAAAUUUUCAGAAAUUCGGCUCAUUUGUCCGUAAUUUUUUUUUUACAGGAAGCAUGUCUAUGCCAGACCAGGCCUCCUCAGAGGAUUCUGGCAUGAAUAUCUCAGAUAGACUGGGUCUGGAUGUCAUUUUCCAAGAAGAAGAAUCAGCAGAACACCUCAGUCUUGAUAUGUGGGGAAGUUGUCGCGCCGGCAACUUUCAACAAAAGCUGAAAGAAAAUGAAAGUUUUAAACCACUGAGAGUCUAUCUGAUGAAACUUGUUGCAGACUACUUUAAUAGGGUAAACGUCAGUUACUUUAUUUAUGGUGGUACAGCCCUAGCUGUUUAUCGUGAAGGUGGAAAAAUUAUCAAACACGAUGGCGAUAUAGAUGUGGCUAUUCUUGAAACUGAUUUCUCAAACGUUGUCCGCAAUAUUGAUAAAUUUCCGGCAUUGAAAGACGGUGAUGUUUUAAUGUCGGAUGAAUGUUCCCUUCGCAAGCGAGGCUGGUUUGAUGGAGGAGGAAAGGAGAUUCCAUUUUGCGGAGUCGGAGGGAAACGUAUACAAUUCAUUGCCACUAGAAAGCUUUUCAGACAGUUUGGAUUCGAGACCGAUGAACAUUUUGAUAUAGGCCUGGCACAUGUGGAUGUUUUUACUCUUAGCGAACAUCCCGAUGAUCCGAAAUGCUUCUGUGUCAACUGGAAUUUACCGGGUGUCUACGAUUACAAAAAGAAAGCCUUCCCAAAAUCAAUAUUUUUCCCUAUAAAAACCUACUCUUUUGAAGGGCUGGAAGUUACUGGUAUGAACGACCUCAAAGCUUAUCUGGAGAUAGAGUACGGGUAUUUAGGCCGAGGCGCUAUGUACGAUUGUAAAACUCAGCUUUACGUCAAAAUACCAAACAACUUGCUCACUCAACUUCCAGGACACAUUCAGAAGUCUUUUCUUAAUGAUUCGUGACUUGCCUUUUUUAAGGAUGUUCAGAUUUUUUUCCUUUAAAGCGUGUCAUAAUUUUAGUAUUCUGAGUAUAGUUCAUUCCCCAAUCGUACUUAUCCUGUAUUUUACUAAUUUCUACGUCCAAGAUGCAGUCUAGUGUCCAGUCAGUCACCUGUGUGAUCCAUAAGCUAGUAGUACGAAAAUUCCUGCAUGAUAUGAAUGACAAAAAACGAGUCACUUUUUAUAACGGUUUACAAAAAAGAAUGGCGCAUUACUUUUAGGUUUUGCACGUACAGUCUUAAAUGAAUUCUGCCUAAUCCAUUAUUACAAGUUUACUCAGUAGACAAAAGUAAAUUUCCUUUUAGGGAAGUGUGUUUGAGUAAUUUACAGAAUUGAAGUUUCUUUACAACAGUGCUUGCCUAGGAAACUUUAUAAGUGUAGUUUUUGCUUUACACAAGUUGAAACCGUUUGAAACUGUGGUUGACUGAAAACGAUUGGUUAAUAUCCGCGCAUCAGGGCGCAUGCGCAUGUUUAUGAAUGCUAUUUCUCAUAACGUCACCAGCUACUCAGUAGUACUGAAAGGCUUAGCAUUUUAUGCCGCAGUCGGCGCCGAAAAAGUUCUCGGCAUUUUCUUGACCAAAAUUAGAAUUUUAUAUCCCGUACAACUAAACUAACUAAUUUAAGACUGCCAAAGUAAUCGAGAAGGACUGGAUACUCUCCGUUAUGGAUUCUCGAAAUCUCGGACACUCUUGCAUUCCUUGGGUGACAGGGAUAAAAUCAGAAAAAAAGACAACUUGGGAAGCAAUGUUGAUUUGCAAAUUAACCAAUGACUUGUUCUCUAAAUGGAUUUUAGAAUUUAAAUCGCCAGUAAAUGAAAACGUUCGCAGCUUAGUUCAAAUUAACCCGCAUUCAGUGACUUAACAGAUGAAAUUUAGUUUUAUUCUUCCCGAACUGUACUUCGCGGAAAACACUUUUCUUACCUGGUCCUUCAGCAGGAGAAGCAACCAGUAAAACAAGGCAGAACAGCCUGCUACAAAUAAAAACGAAUCGCAUUUCAAUUA